AUGCCUUCAAACAUAUUCGGCUCCUCUUCUGGCCUUGCUUCUUCUACUCGCAUGGCUUGGUUGGAUCACAAUCACAACGCUAUCCCCUUUCACGAUUCAAUGGACUGCGGAAGUCACGAUGUCUCUCAACUCCUUGUCCUCGUAUUUCGAGCCUACUUUUCCCCAAUCAUAUUCAUCCAUGGUUUGUUCGGAAACGUCCUCUCGUUAAUUACUCUUUGUCGAAUUCAACAUAGAGCACCCGGAAGGUUCAAUCUCUACGCUAUAACAAUUACCAUAUCAUUCCUCCUCCUACUGAUCUUUGACACGCUUCUGGAUGACUUCUUUGGACGGGGAUUGGGCUGGCUCACGUAUUAUCGAUUUACUCUCAAGUUGGAUCAGAUUUCUUCGCUCUCUUGUAAGACAAUAACCUAUAUGACAGAUACGUGUGGUUUCAUGGCGACGUCAACUCUAGCUGUUUUUGGGGUGGAUCGAGUUAGAACUCUCUGCUCACCUCUGCAUUUCCGUGCAGAUAGACACAUUCGAUGCACGACAGUUGUGAUACUCUCAGCUGUUGUCAUCGGCUUAGCCCUAUUCUCUCCAACCUUUCUAUUCUAUGAUAUUGUGGUUUCAAGAGAUACCAACAAAACCUCGUGCACGCUGACUAACCCGAGCCUUCCCGGAGCUACUUACACCCUUCUGAUCUACGUCCUUGGUUCCUACACUCUGCCAACUCUUGUGAUCCUCAUUUGUAACAUUUUGAUUGCUCACCAACUUUUCCGGAUCAAGCGAAAGCAAAAGAAAUGCGGACUGGAUAUUUCCAGUCGUAGGGAUAUUCGGAGGAUUAUUGGCCAUUUGUCCAUUAAUACCACCUUCCUGCUUCUCAUGAUUCCCCUAGUAGUAGUGAUUUUAAUGCGAUAUAGGACAAAUAUAAGACCAGACCACUAUCUUGAAUCCUAUAGGCUUCGUCUAGUUCAUCUUUCACGUUUCUUCUCCUCCCUGCUCUCUAUCUACUUCUCCAGCUCCUUUUGGGUGUUUUUCUUCUUCUUACCGACUUUUCGAGACGCAGUUCUGGAGUGGUUUCUAGCCUGUCCAAUGAUUGCCAAAUCACUUUGUGGACCUUGUCUCUACCGGCAUAUGACCUACGGGGGUGCCAGACGAUUUCGUGCAAAGUCGAUGACACCGUCUUUGCUAUACUUGGCCCCUCUCCAAUCCCAGACCAUGACUCUACUGGCAUCUGAGCGAUUGGGUUUCCAUUCUAGCAAUAGUUUACCACCCUCCAAUUUAGCUAUCAUGCUAGCUGCUAACCCCAAGAGGUCGUUAUCAACACCCAACAUUGUGAAAAUUUGA